AUGGGAGCCCCGCUGAACGCCAUCCUGACUCUUGUGAUACUCACCGUGACAACUGUCCUGUGUGCCGAUGUGGAGGAGAGGCUGGUCAGUCACCUUUUGUCCCCAGAUCGGUACAACAAGCUGAUCAGACCAGCUGUCAACACCAGCCAACAGGUCACCAUCAACAUCCAGGUGUCUCUGGCUCAGCUCAUCAAUGUGAAUGAGAGAGAGCAGAUCAUGACUACAAACUGUUGGCUCUCACAGGUUUGGAACGACUACAGAUUAAUGUGGGAUCCAGAAGAGUAUGAAGGAAUCAAGAAAAUACGCCUCCCAUCGCAGCACAUUUGGCUCCCUGACAUCGUCCUUUACAACAAUGCUGAUGGAACCUAUGAAGUGUCCUUCUAUUCCAACGCCGUCGUCUCUAACAACGGGGAAGUAGCAUGGCUUCCCCCUGCCAUCUACAAGUCGGCCUGCAAGAUCGAAGUACGAGAUUUCCCAUUCGACCAACAGAACUGCACCCUCAAGUUCCGCUCCUGGACUUACGACCACACAGAAAUCGACCUUAUUUUGCUCAGCGACUAUGCCAGCCGCGAUGACUUCAAACCCAGCGGAGAGUGGGAUAUAGUUUCACUGCCUGGACGCAAGAACGAAGACCCGGACGACAUUCGCUAUCUGGAUAUCACCUAUGAUUUUGUGAUCAAGAGGAAACCGUUGUUUUACACCAUUAACCUGAUCAUCCCUUGCAUUCUCAUAACAUCCUUGGCGAUUUUGGUGUUCUACCUCCCGUCGGACUGUGGGGAGAAGAUGACUCUGUGUAUUUCGGUCCUUCUGGCACUUACUGUGUUCUUGCUUCUGAUUUCAAAAAUAGUCCCGCCCACAUCGCUUGCAGUGCCUCUGAUCGGGAAGUAUCUCAUGUUUACAAUGGUUUUGGUCACGUUCUCUAUUGUCACUAGUGUGUGUGUGCUCAAUGUCCACCACCGCUCUCCCAGCACACACACCAUGCCUCCUUGGGUCAAACGCAUCUUCCUGCACCGCCUCCCUUCGUUCCUGUUCAUGCGGAGACCUGGAAGUUCCAACAUCCGAGAGAAAUUCCGGAAAAAGCACCAGCACCGGUCCUAUACAGAUAAAAAGCUGGACAGAAGUUGCCCCUCUCCGAUUGCGGGCUCUUCCUCUUCGUUUUAUGUCAAUGAGGAGUCAGCCAAGCACUACGGAUGGAAGGGUGGUCUGUCGGAGAACACGGAGUUCAGAAAGAGACUGACCCUUAAGAGUAAUAUAGACGUGGAGGACGCUGUGGAUGGAGUGAGGUACAUCGCAGAGAAGAUGAAAAGUGAGGAUGAUGAUGAGGGGAUCAUUGAAGACUGGAAGUACGUUGCCAUGGUAAUUGACCGUCUCUUCUUGUGGAUCUUCGUCCUGGUGUGUGUGAUCGGGACCAUGGGCCUCUUCAUGCAGCCCCUGUUCCAGAGUUACAACACUCCCAUAGUUGAGGACAUGGAGCAGAGCGGACCAUAACAUUUACCCUAGAGUUGACCCUGAAGCUAACAGCCCUGCAGACACUGAGCAAAGACACACUAGAGCUAUCCUGUAUGUUCGCCUCAAAACACUGUCUGUCUGGGACAUUUUGCACUUUAGCCCCUGCCCUGUGCUGUUGUUGUAUUCAGCCUUAGGCCUUUUUCUUUUGCAGUGCUGAUACCACACCGGGACAGAUUUUUAAGACAA